CACCGCAGCCACGGCUUGUCUGCUCGAUCGUAACCAGUGCAUGAGAGUCUUCUUCCUGGUGGGUGAUCGUUCAUUUCAUGAUUCAUCCCACCCGCUCUAUAUGGUUGCCUGAGUACCUCGUCUACUACAAGAGCUAUUGGUGAUUUGAGCCAAAGUUGCCCCGUCAAAAGGCUACGAAAUGCCCGAAGCCGACACCAUGCUGGGUCUUUCAAAGCCUCUGCGGAAGCUCGUUGUCGACAAGUUUAGCACUGCCUGCAAACACAAUAACGUGCAGUUCUCAGAAACCAGAGUGGCGCUACUUCGAAGUCAAGGGGCAGCCCCUUUUCAAUUAAGAUAUUGUCCAGCGCUGGCCAAAAAGACCAAAGAGGAUAAAGGCGACGCCAGCUCGAAGGAGUCCUCCAAAUCAAGAUUUGAUCCCUUUGCUGAUCCAGCCGAAGAAUUGCUGGUUGCCAAUAUCCCUGGCGGCAACGCGUCUCAUAUACUGGUUUUGAACAAGUUUCCCGUUAUUCCUAACCAUUUCAUCAUUGCCACCAAGGCAAACAAACCACAGACCGCUCUCCUGGAAGAAGACGACAUCGGGCUAACCUACGCCUGUCUACGGGCGUGGAAGGACCAGAAUCAGGAACAGGCACCCUCGCGUCUGUUUGCCUUUUUCAACUCUGGAGAGCAUAGCGGCGCAAGUCAACCGCAUCGCCACCUUCAGUUUCUUCCUGUGGAGGAUAUGUCAAGUCCACAAGCUCCUGGCUGGGAUUUGCUCCUGGACCGCAUGACGAAGCCUGCGCAUCCUACAUUACCUCUCUUCCGAGACCCUUCGCUACCCUUUUUGCAUUUCUCGACUCCGCUUGAGGGAACGCCAUCCUCGGCAAGCUUGCACUCCAAGUACAUGUUGCUGCUGAAGGCUGCACUGUCUGCUGCACUGCUUCCAGGAAAGUCUCUCGAACAAGAUAUCGAAGUUGAAAGAGACGGUCUGGCAGUGUUCAGUUACAACCUAGCAAUGACCACUGAGAGAAUGGCCAUUUGCCCGAGAAGAAGAGAGUCCGUUGCCAUCCCUGGGGCUGGACCUGCCAGCUCUGUCGCCCCAAAUGGCACAAUACUUGGUGGUACUUUGAUGGUGAAAUUUGAAGCGGAAUGGGACAUUCUCCAGCAAGAUCACUCAAUCUUGGACGGCAUGCUUACCACUAUUGGUUUUACGCCCAUUUCAUGGUAGACCCUUCAGUGGUUUCGACUUUCCGACGAGAUAGGCCCAACUCUGCAUCGACAGCCAUCAGGUCAGAAGCCUGGAUCACAGUUACCUGUAACGAGAGUGAGCACGAUGUUCUGCAGCUGCAAGGUUGCACCCCCAGCGACAGAUUUCCUGGACAGAUGUGAUGUUACAGACUCUGUGGCCACUCAGCCCAGCGCGGGAAAUGGGCUUGGCCUGCUCACUCUACACCCGCUGAAGUUCACUCCCCCAGCAAAUAAGCCGUUGUGGCGGGCUGAAAGAUCCGACAAUGCCAAUGAGAGCGUUCCACGGUUCGCUCGAAAAUGCUACGUAUUGCUUUCAAAAGUACAGCUCAGUACAACUGAACGGUCUUUGGAGGUGUUAUGACCCGAGCCUGGACGAUGACCAUAGUAUUCUACGCCAAAGGACAAAACGUUCUGGUACAUCAGAGGGGGUUGACGUCAGAUAACUUUGGUGGUGGACAAGGUUUGCGUUAGCGACCUCGACAUGCUGCCGCGCGACUCUCUACUGCUGAAAGUCCGCUUGACGAAAGCUUCGCGUUGUCAAAUUUUGAAUCGUUGCAGUAGCGCCAAGCACUGCACGCAUAUGCAGUCGUCACUGGGAGUUGGACUUGACGAACGAAACGAGUUAGUAAAGGCGCUGGUGUGUGUCUCGUCAAGGGCGAUUACCCGAGGAGAGCACCAUAAAAACUCCCAGCACGACCAGCAUUGACCGGUUCGUAAAUGCACAGCUGUCCAGGUCAAGACACAUCAGGUGGAUGCAAAGAGCAUCGCAAGCGACCCAAACGCCGUGGGAGAUGUCGACCAGAACCAAUGGGCGGGCCCUUGUUGCUCGUACACUGUAGCACUCGUUGGCGAGAAUCGUGAGUACCAGCGCAUUGGGAAAGCAGCACUCCAACAUCCCGCUUCCGCUAGGUUGGGCAGGGUCCUUAAGAGUAAAUACGCUGCUUGUAAUUGGCGGCAAUCGCUACUAGCGAACCGUCGAGCUGGCUACAGGCAUCUCCGGUAUCGAUGGCUGAAGCACUGCAGGGCAGUCAGACACGCAACGAUGCCAGGCGGCCGGUUGAGGGAGGCCAGGGCAGCAAUGGCGCCCGAUUCAGUUCAAGGUUGAGAAGCGGGCGGAGAUGGCAGAGUCCAGACUUCGAACUCUCGCUUAAAACGCAAGCCACAGCUCUCAAUCCGGCAUGGCCGCAUUUCAAGAAGCCCAGAGAGGUUAGUGACGGGAUACGAGACAGAAGAAACAGGAAGGUUGAGGGGCUUCCCUUUUUACAAGCACAGAAAUGACCCGACGAGGCUGAUGGCAGUGGCCGGGGAGUUUUACAGUACCAUCCCAAGGGAACUCUGCAGGCGGGCAAUCUCGACCGUGUCGCCCUGCCCCCGUUUCAAUCCCUCUCGACCCCCUUCCGUCAUGCCCAUGUGGGUGUCGGGCGCGGCGCUCUCGCUACCUGGCCGCGUGUAUCCUUUUAGUAUGCGCCCAAAACGCCCAGCUCGUUACCGGUACCCAAAAUGUCCCUUCCUUGGCCGUUUACGCAACAGUCCUUAGUAAAGCCCCUGUUGAUGCCGCAGCUCACAAGCUUCAACCCUCCAUCCCGGCCGUCGGGUCGGUCUAGGCCUUCUCCUGUAAACAAGGGAAAAGUCAUGAGCAACGCCAUAGUGGACCAGCACAUACAUCUCCGAGAACACCAUUGAGUACCAAACGUUAUGUACCAGUUGUUUCUGUCCAUUGGCCCUAUGCAUGCACAGCGCGUUGGGUUAUAGUGACCUAAGUUAAACUAGACUGGAGCAGAGAGGUCUUUAGCAAUGCCUUUGGUUGGCACGAUGUUCCUCCAUCUAGACCUGAGGCUGCACGGACACCGCUGCAUGGUCCUGAAAUUUGAUCACUUGGUCGCCCGCUGGCAAGGGUGCAUGCCGGGAGAGAAACGGUGCAGGGGCAGAAGUUGAGCGGUCUGGGAGGGGUUCCUUGCUAUAUGGCAAAUCCCGCCGCAGGAUCGACCAGCACCAGACCGCUGCCAGAAGGGAGAAAAACCAUCAGAUGCAUAGCCCAACCCUGUGGUACGGACCACCAUGGGUCUGGCAAGCAGGGCUAGGAGACCCUAGCUGUAUACAACUUGUGAUACCAAGAAAAAGCAACAAGCUCACAUGCUCGACUACCUCCAGACCGACAACAGACAUGCUCCUGCACUAGGCUUUCUCAAAUGAGCACAGGGGACCAGUAUAUUGGGGCAUCUCAUGUGAGAGGCAGUUGAUUGUUUCCCAAGGCCUCGCAGAAAAACUGGGCUUGAUGGCGAUCGGUUGCACGCGCCAUACUCGGGGACCCCAAAUGCUGAUUCCUCUGCAGCCUUACAAUGAGGCUCAGGCCUGCUUACGGAUAUCCGAGGAGAUGUAAUUACCACUGUUACGAUGAAGAAGGCUAGCCGGAGAUCAAGGGUUAAAUCAGUAUGCAGCACAACACCUCAGACGAUUGGAACGAAAAACUGGGUCGGUAACAAUCUUGCUGCGAUGGAAAAAAGGUUGCAUGUGUGUUUGCGGUACAGUUCUGGGGAGGCCUGGGAGGGUUGGUGAGGGGUCGUUCGUACAGAUAGGCGACUUAUGACGGAUGAGAGGCACAAGGGGAGUCGCUUGUGCAGGAAUAGGCACUACGGGGCAAUGAAACCCCCCAUUGCUCACAUGGUACCAGCAAUCGAAAGAGGGCGUCAAGCUGCUGACUACUAGAGUCGAUAAGUGACCAGGGGUCGUCCAGUUACGGCCGCGACCUGGUCCGCUACCAACAGGCAAUGUCCUUUUGGCAGCAGAGUUUACGAGAAUGAGGAGCUGCCAAUAGGAGGAGCAGGAGCUGGGAGGAGACAACAACAUGCUAACCCCUUUUCAAGUUAUUCGGAUCCCACGCCAGCAAGCCCCUACCAAACUACAACAACUUCUUGAAAGCUUUUUGGCAGCCACCGCAGCUUUCGAAUGACUUGUGCUGUGAUUGUUUUUCCUGUCGUGGACUCUCGGAACACCGGUCCCUUGUGCGAGUGCAUGGACCUGAUGGAUACCCUUUCCACUGGGGCAUGAUGGGCCACUUGUCACGGUGAGUACCGAGGCGUGUCGCUGGAAAUGUCAGACGGGCCGUGAAUAUCUAACCGAGAGGCACAUGCCACCACGACGCAACCACUGGCAGGUCGCCAAAGUCAAUGGCUAGUAGUGACUAAGUCAACUCAUGCCAUGUCAUGUCAGCCUGCAGUGCUAAUCAACUGAAGAGUGAAGGGGAACGGUUCUGCUUCAUGUCUUGGGCACGGAUAAAUGAAGAAGAGCACAUGCAAUAAUAAACGAGAGGGAAAGUAAGUGGUAGUGCAGUCCAGUCCUCAAAUCUUACAGUCCCUCUGGAGCCGAGCCAGACAAUUGAAAUUCGGUGGUUUCUGCAACGUUCCUGGGUCUGCAGCGGUGAGCAGUAAUCCUGGCGAA